AUGGUUGCAGUCCAACAUCAUAUUUCUGAAGUAGCAAUCUCUACAUCGUUAAAAGAUUCAAGCAUUCACAUCUGGGAUAUACGUAAUGGAGCGCUUUUGUCGACUUUGAAGGGAAAUACUAGCAUGCCGCUUGCAACAGACAUUAUGUUUGCCAUUGGAAACCAUUACACUGCCGCCACAACUGCUACUUCAUCAAAUUCUGGUAUGGUCGAUGCCUCUGAAGGCUAUAACGGACAUAUUAACGGACCCGGAAAUCGGCCCACUAUUCCCUCUGCUAAUCUCAACGGGUGGAUGCUGCCAUCGCUGAUUAUAUCUGCCCAAUCAGAUCGAGCAACUCUCAACACUUGGUCGCUGGGGAAAGCCCAACCCAUCUUAAAAUCUGUCAUUCCAGAAAAAUUGGCCUGUGUAUGUAUCUCUAAUUCUGGACGAUACUGUCUUGGAGGUGGAUUUUCUGGGCGAUUGUACUUGUGGGAGAUUGCUACUGGAAACAUGCUGCGCAUGUUUGAUGCCCAUUACAAACCUGUAACAGUUGUACGAUUCACCGCUGAUGAUGCACUGAUGAUCUCUGGUGGUGAAGAUGCCAUGAUUCACCUGUGGUUGCUAGCAGAUGUUUUAGAUGAGUCUAUAGAUCACCAAGAACUCCCUGUAAAAUUGAAAAGUCUAAAAGGCCACACUUUACCCAUCGCAGAUUUAGUGUGUGGACUGACACCAUCUACUCAGACUAGAUGCUUUACAGCAUCGCUUGACAAGACUUGUAGAAUUUGGGAUCUAAAUACUGGAUGCUGUCUUGUUACUAUACUAUUCCCUCGACCACUUACCUGUAUUCAAGUGAAUUCACUCGAAACAACCAUAUAUGCUGCUAGCAUUGACGGACUUGUUCGUUCAGUCAAUCUUUACACCACAUCGACAGGUGCGUUGCAUGCUUUGUCCGAGGGCGAUAUUCGCGAUGCAGAUACAGAGCCAUGCGUGUUCAGAGGACAUCGGGCUGCAGUGACUUCUCUUUCUUUGUCAAUGGAUGAAACUCUUUUAGUGACUGGAUCUAAUGACGGUGAUUGUGUUGUAUGGGAUACCGUUACAAGACAGGCUUUGCGAACAUUCAAGGCACAUAAAGAACCAGUAUCCAAUGUCAAGAUUGUUUUUAGACCACCUAGUGUAACCAACCCAGAUGCUCAUUGCCAUACGUUGGUUCAAGCAUUCAAAAGAUUUCCUAUUGUACGAAAAUCUAUUGAAAAAGAUGCACUAGGCAGCGAAAAUGAUGGUCAAUCUUUUGUCUCGAGAAUUCCAACUCGAGGACUAAGUGCAUUGAACGAUGAACUUGAUCAAGAGUUAUAUCCCGAUGCAAAAAGGAUUUACAAAGGAGUAUGUAAUGCUUAUGGAGCGCCUUUGCUUGGAAAAACGAACGAAGAUAGUUUGAGCGAGGUAGAUAUCCUCAAGUCUCGUGUAGCUGUACUUGAAAAGCAUAAUACCGAGCUUCAGUGUUUGAAUGAUCGGCUGUAUCAAGGUGUUGUCGACCAUAUUUUUGAUACAAAAUAA